AUGGGCUGGUUCUGGGCCGACACGACUCCCUCCGCAACCAUCGCCCCUCAUCCCAUACCAUCGAACUCAAGCGCGCAACCACCGCCAUCAUGUCCCAUGCACAACAAGACUGCCUCAGCACUCUCAGGGAAGCCCCCAGCUCCAGCACAAAGCGAACGGCCUAGCGCCUGUCCAGUAAAACACGAUGCGCCCAAAUCCUCCAGCGCAUCGCCCAGCUACAUUUCGAAGCUCAACCCUCUCAACUACAUGCCACAGAGCAUAUCCAACAAACGCGAAGCUUCGGAGCAAAACAUCAACCUCCCUCUUGAUCGCGAAGCCUCCACAAUCCCUCGCGGUGGCGGUCAAGGAACGUGGGAGUACCCCUCCCCGCAACAAAUGUACAACGCUAUGCUGCGGAAAGGAUACACCGACACGCCAGCUGAGCACGUAGAGAGUAUGGUAGCUGUGCAUAAUUUUCUCAACGAGGGCGCGUGGGAGGAGAUCAAGGGGUGGGAAGAUAGGUUCAGAGAGGGACUAGGGAAGGCGUGGGAGAGGUGCGCGAAGGGCGAGGAGGGGUAUUCGCAAAGCCAGACCAUGGAGUCGUUGAGGAGGCAAAAUGAUCGUGAGGAGUAUUACGGGCCGAGUUUGCUGAGGUUCGAGGGGAGACCGAACGAUAUUACGCCCAAGGCCAGAAUACUGGGGUUGAUGAGUAGCGUGCUGCCGAGCCAGUAUCCGGACAACCCGCCCUUUGAUCGGCAUGAUUGGUACGUGGAGCGACAAGGCCCAGGCGGCCAGAAGAAGGAGCUGCGAUAUGUGAUCGACUACUACAGCGGACCUCCAGAACCCACGGGAGAACCAGUCUUCUACCUCGAUGUACGACCAGCAGUCGAUGGACCCACAGCAGCCUGCGAACGAUUACUACGAUGGGGCGGUGAUGUUUGGUGGCGAGCCAGUGGUGGCAGCGUAAGAGAAGAGCUUGCAAGACAGAAGCGAUGA